GGUUGUGAAGUGAAUGAGAAAGUGUGUGGUGAACUUGGGACAUGGAAUAACAAGAAAGAAAACGGAGAAUACAGUGCCUGGGCUGCGGUACGAACUGCCAUUAACCACCAUAUUUCAGUAUAUUCUUGCGUCAUCAAAUCUUGGAGAGGAGCCAUGCCGGUGCAAACAACGACAGCAGCAGUAGAUGAUGAAAAUGCAGAUGCGCUAAUCAGACCAACACAAGACUCCGUUACCUUCAAAACAAUGACAAAUGGAGAUGGCGAAAUUUCUCAAAUGUUACCUGAGGAACGACCUCCAGUCCUUGAAACAGCGGCCGAAAGGCGAGCCAGACGUCAUUCACACUGGAUUGUCUACAUCACUACAUUUGUCAUGUCAAUUGGAUUUUCCAUCGUGCUAACCGGAGUAUGGCCUUAUCUGCAACAGUUGGACACAGGAGUGUCCAAAGAGUUUUUAGGUUGGGUAAUUGCUGCAAACCCACUUGGGCAGAUGAUUGCGUCACCGCUUUUGGGACUAUGGGGCAAUAAAGCAGGAUCCAACAGGGGAGCAUUUCUAGCAACAAUCCUGCUUUUCAUCAUUGGGAACAUCCUCUAUGCCAUCCUUAGCUUGUUUGGUACAGCAGCCCGAGGUGUUAUGAUAUUCUCUCGAUUCCUUGUGGGUGUUAGUUCAGCCAACAUAGCUAUCAUCAGAUCAUACAUCGCUGCGUCUACAACUUUAAAGGAAAGAACGACAGCUGUUGCUCUGACGUCUGCUGCACAAGGACUCGGUUUUAUUUUUGGGCCAGCUAUUCAGGCAGCAUUAGCAGUGGCCUUCUCACACGAGACAACAAGUGAGAAUAAGACAUCAUUGGUGCCCGAGGUCCUAGGAGAGGAGAUGGAAGAUGCCGGCCUUGGAAUUGAGUGGAAUAUGUAUACAGCUACGGGUUGGUUUGCAACCAUUCUAGGGGCACUGAACUUCUUCCUCUUUAUGCCCUGCAUCUUCAAAGAAUACCCAAUAGCAGCCAAAGAAGCUCAGCUUAAAAGAUAUGCUGCUAAGGAAGAUCAGAAGUUGCCAAAGCCUGAUUAUCCUGCCCUGCUUGGUGUACUGGUUUCUUUCUUCAUCAUUCUCUUCAUAUAUGUUUUGCUAGAAACAUUAUUAGUGCCUAUGUGUAUUGACCUUUAUGCCUGGAGUGAUGAAAAGGCUGUAACUGUUGUAGGAGUUGGUUUAAGUAUAGCUGGAGCUAUUUCAAUUGUAAUGUUUACCUUAACAAGUUUCUUGACCAGGAAGUUUGAUGAACGCAAAGUUUUUAUUUUCCUUGGAUUACUUCCACUAACAGUAUCUAUGCUCAUUCAUUUUCCAAUGGGAAAUACAUAUCCAAAAAUGCAAAACUGUACUUCAUAUAAUGGAGCACAUGCAUUUGAUGACUCUGCAGUAGUACCUGACUUUAAAAUGAAUUUUACUGAACCUAGUAAUACAUUAUCUAGACAAAGGCGUCAUGCUGCUAGAGAUGACACUUGCACUGAUCUUGGUUGCCCUCAAAAGCAGAAAUGGUGCCUUUACACACCAAUUAUUGAAAAGCCUCAGAUGGCUGUAGCAGAUGUAGCAGCUGUUAUAGGGUAUCCAGUUGCAUUUACACUUUCUAGUUCCUUCUUCUCAAAAAUUUUAGGGCCAAAGCCACAAGGUGUAUGGAUGGGUAUUCUAACAAGUACGGGAAGUUUAAGUCGUGUCACCGGUCCAAUUUUUGUGUCUUACAUGUACACUGCUUUAGGUACUAGGUGGACAUUUGGUAUCCUUUUUGUAGUAAUGUCUCUUACCCUUGUUAUCAUUUCUUUGUUGUUCAGAAGACUUGUUCCUAUGAAGUUGGUAAUUUAGUGUGUUGAUAAAAGGUCCUCAUAACCCAUUUUAUAUGGAUUAGAGAUUCAUUGCUUCUUAUGUGAUUAGUUAUGGUAUAUAUUUAGGGUUUAAGUUUUAUAAAUCACUACAGUUGAUGUUAAGUAAACCCAUUGUAAUGAUUGGUGAAGCUGAUGAAGUUAUCCUUUCAUUAUCAUAUUUC